UUCAAAAUGGAGGUGUUUACAAACAUCAGCGGAAGACUGGAAGAAGUUAUUUGAGUGAGAAAACGAUCUGGAGAAUCUAGCGUGGUGGCAAGAAAGUGAUCUCUCCAAGUUUAUUCUGAUGCUAAGAAGAUGAUGGGAGAUCAAAUAAUACUUGAAGAGGAUUACGAUGAGAAUUAUUUAGCAACGGAAGAAGAGAUAAUUGAGUAUGCCCAAGUCAUUGGCAUCGAUGUUGAGAAUGAGAGAGAAGACUUGAUGUGGAUUGCAAGAGAAGGGAUAAGUGCCCCUCUACCCAACGACUGGAAACCAUGUCAAGAUAGGGCGGGUGGAGACAUCUACUACUUCAACUUUACCUCCGGGGAGAGCACCUGGGACCAUCCAUGUGAUGAGUUCUACAGGAGGAUGGUCAACGAGCAAAGAGAGAAGAUGAAAUUAUCUGGGGGAGGAGGAGGAGGAGGAGGAAGUGGUGGUGGAGGCAAGAAGGAUGGGAAGAAGAAGAAAGAGAAAGUGGAAAAGAAAGGAAAGGAGAAAGAAAAGAAGGAACUUGGAAAGAAACUUGGAGGGUCACUUGGACCUUUGAAGGGAGAGUCUACUUUAGGGUCAACCCUGGGCACUCUAGGAAGUACUAAGGGAACAGGCCAACUCAACCCGUUAGGCUCAUUGAAGGGUGCGGGAUCAACACUGGGCUCAACAUUAGGGAAAUCUGGCGGUUUGGGAGGAACUUCUGACUCGUCUCGAUUCUUGAAGGGAAGUUCCGCCAAUCAGAAGAAGAGCCUAGGUCUGUCUUCGCUCAAAGGAACCAGAGAGGAGAACAUCCAGAUGAUGCCAGAUUUCUCUGAUGAGGACUCUGGCACUCCAAGAUUGAAUUUGGAUUUGGAUCUUCAAGACAUCGGAGGCCUAGGUUACGACGAUUCUGAUUCAAGUGAAGUUGAUAUAAAAGGAGUUGAGGUGUCAGACAGCGAUGACGACGAUGAUCUAGAUGUGGAUUUUGGGAUCGAUGCAAAUUUAUCCAAGAGACUUGGGCUGAUGGAUAUAGAUAGUCUGACACCUGCCGUCUCAGCUGACGAGCCAAUCAAAUCAAGAUUUUUGAAGAGCAACAAAAAAGACCAGAGUAUCAAAAAAGAGGACGCCAAGCAGCCAGAUGAACCUUCUACAGCGACAACCUCGACUGUCAAAUCCAACCCAAAUACCAUGAAGAAGCCAGUCAUGAGUGCCACUCCGACCACGGAGCCAGUCGUCAAACCAACGCCUACGAUCAUUACGACCAAGGCUGACGAAGAGCCGCAGAUCGAUAUGAAAGCUCUGGCCGAGAAACGAGAGAGGAUGGAGCAGGAGGAAGAGGACAAGAUGAAGCAAGAAACGGAAAAGAAUCUCGCUAAGAAACGAGAGGAUCAUCUUAAAGAGCAAGAGGAGCUGGAAGCCAAACUGCGUAAAGAUCACGAGACGUCCCUGAACCACAUGAGGAAGAAACUCGAGAAGGAACUUGAGGAUGCGAAGCUUGAGAUGCUGGAAGAUAAAGAGGAUAGGAUGAGGAAGAUCCGAGAGGAGGUAGAAGGAGACGAGGAGGCGGAGGAAGAGAAACUCAUAAAGGAGAAGGAAAAGAAUAUCAAUGCCUUGAGAAAGAGAGUGAAGGAAGAAACUGAAGACGAAGAAGCCAUGAUGAUGGAAGGAAAAGCAGACGCCAUGAGGAAAAUCAAAGAGACCAUCAGAAACGAACAACAAGAGCAAGAAGACAAACUCAGAGCGGACAUGGACAAAUCCCUAAAGACGUUGAGAGACGAAGUCAAGGAUCUUCAGGAGAAUGAAAAGAAGAAACUCGAGGAAGAGAAGAAGAAGAUGAUGGAAUCAAUCCAUGAGGAAGUUGCCAAGAUGGAAGAGAAAGAGCGGCAGGAAUUACAAGACAAACAGAAGAAGGCCCUUGAGGAGCUUAAGCAGAAACUGGAUGCAGAGGAGAAAACCUCCCUGGCUGAGAUUCAGAAAAUGCACGACGCUGAGAAAGAGAAGAGAACCAAAGACAUGAAACAGAAACAUGACCGGGAGAUGGAUGAUCUGAAAGCCAGACUGCAAGACGCUCAGGCCGAGGAGAAACGGAGAGAUGAAGAUAAGAUGAGAUUAGCUCGAGAGAAACAUUCCGUCGUUCAAGACAUGGAAGGAGAGAUGGAGAAGGUUCUGAACGAGAGGAAGAAAGAACUCAAGGAAGAACAGAAGAAGGAGAUGGAAAAGAUGAAGAAGGAACACGAGAGCAACAUGAAGAAAAUGAAACAGGAGAUGGAAGAUCAGGUGAAGUCAGAAAGGUCUUCCCUUCAAUCCAAACACGAAGCAGAGAAGAAACAACUCGCCAGAGAUCUUGAACAGGAGAUAAAAGACGUCCGCCGGGAAUUCAACGAUCGCAAAGAGGACCUUCACGCAGCGCACGAGGACCAGGAGAGUGCCCUCAGGGAGACGAGCGAGGGAUUGGAGCAGAGGAAGAAGGAGUUAGAGAAGAUGAAGAAAGACUUGGAGAAGGAAGAAGGAAAGAUGAUGAAGAGACGGGAGAAACUGGAGGCAGAAAAGGAGAAGAUUGGCCGUGAACAACAUGAUAUGCUAGCUAGCCAGGCCGGGAUGAUGGACUCAGACGCCAUCAAGAGGAUUCAAGACGAAAGACAAGAGUUAAUGGAGUCCAUCCAGGAGGAGAGGUCAAGGGUCAAGAAACUUGAGAAAGAGAAGAAUGAUCUACUGACGACGGUGCAGAGAUUGAAGCAGGAGAAUAAGAUAUCAAGAGUUCCUCUUCGUAUCAAUGAGGAUGAGGAUGAUGAACCAUUCCUUAAUGGUAAUCCUAGAGAUGCUAGAUCAUCUAAGACACUGAAGGAUCCCAAGACACCCAGUGCUGAGCUGAUGAAUCUAGAUGAGUUAUCACAACCCACACCGUCUCCUUCUAAAGAGUUACGUCAGAUGAUUCACCCGAGAGAUCUGAAUCGAACUCCGGCUGAAAGAGAAGACUACUCAUUUGAUGGAUCAGAUGAUGACUAUCUAGCUCCGAGGCGGAGACAGACGUCUGAUAGGCCCUCUAGAGGAAGAAGAGAGAGCGACAAGAGUUCACGUCCCAGUCGUCUCGGUAGUGACAGAGACUCUAAUGGACUGCAUGAACAUAGAAGUCGUAAGCCUAGACGCCAGGCUUGGCAUCAAUACGCUACUGACUCUGACGAGACUGAUGACUUCACAGAGGUGGAGAUACGACAGCGAAUGCACCACAUUGACAUGCAAGCCAGACUGUUUGAAGAGAACGGAGCAAUCCGGAGAGCCAGUGAGUUCCUUCACCGGCAACGACACAACCUGAAGCAAAGACAACGUGUCCUGAAUGACGCUAGGUUGGAAUGGAGGAGAGAUCUAAGAAACCAACAGAUGCAGGGAUUGUCUCCUGCUAGUGCCUCUGUCUUGGAAGAUGCUAGACUGGGAUUGGAAAGGGAGGCAUUGGAGUUGGACAAAGCUAUGGUCAACAUGUCAACGGGUCGUAGACUCAUCCGAGAGAAAGCCAGCAAGAUGAAGAAGAUGGAAACCUCCAUUAUGGAUGGGACAUCAGCGAGUGAGAAUGAGUUUCCUGACCUGAAGAUGUCAGCUUUGACUCUGAGUGAUGCGUCUAGCUCCAGCGAUCCCAGUCUGAGUGACGUAGAGGAAUCCAUUUCUACUCCAGCUGCAGCUCUUGAUGAUCCAGCGACUGCUGUUCUCGCUCAACUGCAGCAGUUGCUUCACCAGCAACAGCAACCACCUGUGACCUCUAACCUCAACCUUGCUCCGAGCACCGACACAGUUCUUAAAAGUAGCAGGAUACCUGCAGCCGAUGACACUGUGAUGUCAUCACUGAGUGUUAUAAACCAACAGCUCUCUCACGUCAUGGGAUUACUGAAUCGACCCGGGGUACCAACCAGUGCUGAGGGCCAGACUAAUAAUCCUGGUACGGCCACUGGUGCUCAGACCCACACAGGUACCCAUCACACAACCCAUAUAUCACCGGAGUACCGACUGCAUGACCCUAACGGGGUACCGUCCCAUAACGCAUCUAGGUCAACGGUUCCCGCUCAGCCAGCUCGUAACGUCUCUUCCUUGCCGCACAGUGAUGGAUGGUCUCAUCCCAGACCUUCGAACCAUGCCUUUACACAUGACAGUAAUCCGGCACCAGUCUACACCAGCUACACUGGGCCUGUUAGAGGAGGCUUCGACCGAACACCAUCUGCUGUGAGCUACCCGCCAUCUUGGCAAUCUAGCGGAGGUGGAAAUAGAGUUUUGCCAAAUGUGAGAUUUGACGUUUCUUCGUUGAGGACGACGGCGCCAAGAGAAACGGCAGAGCAAGCUCUGGAGCGAAAAUGGAAGACAUAUUUUGGAGGUCGCGGCCCGUCUGCAUCCUCAGCUCCACAUCCAGGCGUUCCUAGCGCAACCAUCGGCAAGUCAACCUUCGGUGGUUACGUAUCGGCAAGAGACCAGCUUCGAUCCUACCGCCAGUCGUCUCAAUCUUCUCCUUCGCCUAGGCAUCCAACGGCUCCGGAAGAGACUUCCUUCGCUUCCUCGACGGAGUCCAAACUACAACAGAUGAACGACUGGAUGAAAGACUUCCGCAGAGAAGACAUUGGCAAUCUUCCCCAUGGUGGAACCCCACUCUCAGGCCGAUCAGGAUCCACAGCCAGUAAUCCGCAAAGUGGACGGAGAGCGCCUUCUACAAGACUUGAGCUCGGUGACGACAACAAAAUUAGAAUAAGAGAGGUGUAACCCUUUUCUCAGAAAUCCAACACACGCAUGUAAUAUUUAAGUGCCAGUUUUUUUGAUACAAGAUAUAUAUUUUUACUACAAACCUUCCGCGUGUGUGAUUUAUACAAAACAAUUGUUUGGAGUGGUGUUGGGUAAAUUGAUUUCUUCUAAAACAAAGGUGAAGCUCGUGCAGACCAUCAUUAAAGGCAGUGGACACUAUUGGUAAUUACUCAAAAUAAUUAUUAGCAUAAAACCUUUCUUGGUGACGA